AUGUUCCUUUUGCCCGCAAAACGUCGUCGUUUGCAGGGCAAGCAGAGCCCGCCCGAGGGGGCAAACACCAGGGAAGCACGGACGCAGGUGCAGACCUUGGUCCGAGAUGCGUGGGUGGCGAGGAGAAUGGUCGAGGAAGGCUCACAUGGGCACGCGCGGCGUAACAUCUUGCGUGUGGAGUUUAGUAAUGUGGAGCAGAGAGCUCCAUUGCUAGAGGCCAUGUGGGGCCGAAUUCCCGUGCAUCUCAUGGCAGCGGCCAGGGCUGUUUUGGCCGCUUGGCGUACAGAACAGCCUAUAGUGAUGAACGAGCAGCCGCUGCCUUCCUAUCGAGGUUCUGGCACAAUGUUCAGAUACAGUGGUUCCUGGUCCAAGAUCCCAGAUGUCAGGGCCAGCGCAAUGCUGGCAGAAGGCGACGCAAGGAUUGCCGAUGUGUGUCGCCUCUUGCAGGACAAUGCCGAUGUUGCAGCCCUUUGGAGAGAUUUCCAACGUUUUGCCGAGCAGCUACGGCAAAGCAGCAAGAUGGAUCGGUUGACUUUGGCGUGUGAGCUGCACACAGCUGUGAGUCUGGACACGCUGACGCCCAGCAUCCACUUCCAUCUCAUGUUUGACUCCAGACAGACGGUGACGCUGCCGAAGCCCAGUCUGUUGUUUCGUGGCGCCGUUCCGCAUCAGUCUGUGGAGUGCAAGCAAGCCCGUGGGAAAGCUUGCCGAAAGGCCUACGACCAGGGGCACUACUACCUGCAGGUGCCAAAGACUGGCUCCAUUCAUAUGACGACGACAGCAGCAGCCUUCACCACCUUCCCUGUUGCUCCGGAUUGGAUCACCAACUUAUGGCAGGCCUGUAAAAUCACGGAGCAGGUUGCGGAGCAGGAGUAUUUGCGCUGCAAGAAACACGUGAAAGCCUACUUAGACAACAUGAAGUUCCAUGCCCAAUGCGUGCAGACACAGGUCGUCAAAGCGAGGAAGGCGCAAGAUCUCCAGGAGCUUCAGCCCCUCAUGAAAAAGGCCGUCGUGAUCGAGCAAGUCCAGCGUGACUUCCUUCCACAAUUUACCCGACCCAUGUUCAGAAGGAGCUUUUUGGUCCUAAGUGGACCCACGCGCCUUGGCAAAACAAUCUUUGCCCGCAGUCUCUUCGGUCAUCGCGAGACACUAGAACUCAACUGCUGUGGAGUGAGUCAACCUGAUUUGCGUGCCUUUGACAAUUUGCUGCAUCGAGCCAUCUUGUAUGACGAAGCUUCGACGGCUAUGGUGCUCAGCAACCGUCGCCUUUUCCAGGGAUCUACAGAAGAGGUCACGCUCGCUCAUUCUGGAACAAACAUGUUCACCUACAGUGUGUACGUCUACAACGUCGCCAUGAUCCUGACAUCGAACUCUUGGCUACGUGAGCUGGAGGAAUUGCCGAGAGAGGAGCGCGAGUGGCUCGAAGGUAAUUCAAUUUGUAUAAAUUGCACGCAGCCGCUUUAUGAGACGUAA